UACACUCUGACGCAUCCACUCUCUCCUCGAACGCCUCACCCCGCCCACGCCUGCACGCUCUUGUCUCCCUCCAAUGGCGGCAUCUCGCCUCGUCGCGGCCGCGGCCAUUGUCGUCGUCGUCCUCGUCCUGGCCGGCGCGGGCGCGGCGGGCGCGGCGGGCGCGGGGGAGGUGCGGGCGCUGCUGGACCUGGCGGCGGGGCUGGACCCCACGGGGAGGCUGCUGCCGUCGUGGGCGCCGGGGAGGGACCCGUGCGGGCGCGAAGGUGGCGGCGGGUUCGAGGGCGUGGCGUGCGACGGCGCCACGGGGGCCGUCGCCAACGUCUCGCUGCAGGGGAAAGGGCUCGCCGGGACGCUCCCGCCCGCCGUCGCCGGGCUCACGGCGCUCACGGGGCUGUACCUCCACUACAACCGCCUCACCGGCGCGCUCCCCCGCGAGCUCGCCGCCCUCUCCCGCCUCACCGACCUCUACCUCAACGUCAACAACUUCUCCGGGCCCAUCCCGCCCGAGAUCGCCGCCAUGCCCUCCCUGCAAGUGGUGCAGCUCUGCUACAACCAGCUCACCGGGGGAGUCCCCACGCAGCUGGGGCUCUUGAAGAGGCUCACCGUGCUGGAGCUGCAGUCCAACCACCUCAGCGGCGCCAUCCCGGCGAGCCUCGGCGACCUGCCCCAGCUGGUGCGCCUGGACUUGAGCUUCAACAACCUCUUCGGCUCCAUCCCGGUCAGGCUGGCCCUGCUGCCCCGCCUCCUCGCCCUCGACGUCAGGAACAACACCCUCACCGGCAGCGUGCCCUCCGAACUGGCGAAGCUGCAGGGUGGAUUCCAGUAUGCAAACAACACCGAUCUGUGCGGCACCGGCCUGCCCGCGCUGCGGCCGUGCACUCCGGCCGACCUCAUCAGCCCCGACAUGCCCCAGCCGUUCAGCGCCGGCAUAUCGCCGCAGAUCACACCGGGGUCCUCCUCCGAUGGCCAUGGCCAUUGCACUGGAACUCACUGCCCGCCAUCGACGAAGGCGCUCGCGGCUGUCGUUGUCGUGGCCGUAAUUCUUCUCGCGGUGACCGGGGCUGGCAUGUUCGCGUUAUCGUGGUACCGGUGGCGCAAGCAACGGGUUGUUGCAGGCUCGCCGGCGGCUGUUGGUGGCCGGUGUAGUACAGACGCUGCUGGUAAGGACUCGUUUCGCAAGAGCGCCUCAUCCACGCUUGUGAGCCUCGAGUACUCGAAUGGUUGGGAUCCAUUGGCCGAUGGGAGGGGCGGCAUUGGGUUCUCCCAAGAGGUGGCUCAGAGCUUCAGGUUCAACAUGGAGGAUGUGGAGUCGGCGACGCAGUACUUCUCGGAGCUGAACAUUUUGGGGAAGAACGGCAACUUCGCGGCCACGUACAGGGGCACAUUGCGAGAUGGGACAUCCGUCGUCGUCAAGCGGCUAGGCAAGACCUGCUGCAAGCAAGAGGAGGCCGAGUUCCUCAAGGGGCUGAAGCUGCUCGCAGAGCUGCAGCACGAGAACAUUGUUGGCCUGAGGGGAUUCUGCUGCUCCAGAGCGAGGGGCGAGUGCUUCCUCGUCUACGACUUCGUGCCGAACGGGAGCUUGUCGCAGUUCUUGGACAUCGACGCCGACGAUGUCGCUCGCAGCAAUGGCCGCGUUCUUGAAUGGUCCACGAGGAUUUCCAUCAUCAGGGGCAUUGCUAAAGGAAUCGAGUAUUUGCACAGCACUAGAGCAAACAAGCCCCCUCUUGUUCACCAGAACAUAUCGGCAGACAAAGUUCUGGUGGACUACACCUACAGGCCUCUAAUAUCUGGUUCUGGCCUGCACAAGCUCCUUGUCGAUGACCUGGUUUUCUCGACCCUCAAAGCGAGCGCUGCCAUGGGAUACCUCGCCCCAGAGUACACUACCACCGGCCGGUUCUCGGAGAAGAGUGAUGUUUAUGCAUUUGGGGUAAUCGUAUUUCAGAUACUGACCGGUAAAAGCAAGAUUAUGCAGCUGCCCCUUGAGUCCAGCAACGACGAGGAUCUCAUCGACGGUAACCUAAGAGGAUGUUACUCGGCAGCUGAAGCAGCUAAGCUGGCGAAGAUCGCAUCAGCCUGCACCAGUGAAAAUCCAGAUCAUAGACCUACAAUGGAAGAGUUGAUCCAAGAACUGUGCACCUUCUGAUCAUGGGCCUCAUCCACCUGUAACUGUUCCCACGAGUCACAUGCCUUGACAGUGCCAUGAGAAUUUGUAACCUACCUACCUAGGAUCACUAAUCACUGAUCUUAGAAGCACAUCCGAUCGAGGUGCCAACGAAUUAAUGACCUACCUAGGAUCCUGAACAUCUUGUAUCAUGCUAAUGUUGUAUUGGUAUUACUGCAUCGAUUAGGUUGGAUGUUUCUCCUCCAUGUUAGGUGAAUGCAGCCAUUUGUAGCUUCAGCUCUUGUGACUCCUCCCAAGGUGUGUACCAUCAGUACUGUGUAGCAGCUUUGGAUGGGAUCCUGUGAUGGUUCCAUCCAUGGAGGAAGAGCCAAGAGCCCCUGGAGUGCAUGUGAGGUAGUACUAGUAGUGUAGAUUGUUGUGUUGUUUUGUUUGUUUGCUCAUCAGCUCAUGCUUUGGUACAGCACUAGAGCCUUGUGAUCCACACAUGUGUACAGGCUGAUGAAAUCUCACUCAGGCCACCAGAAAAGUACAAGGUGGUCCUGGGCUUUUUUUGUGCUAGCUGCUAAGAUUAUGAGUUGUGUAUGUGCUAGCAGUGAAGAACUGCAUCUCCAGAAGAGUGAAAACCCAAGGUGAGACUGUACAUUGUUA